AUGUCCGUCACCCUCGAGAAAAUUGCCCCGCCAACAGAUUUAACAGACUCUGAUCAGAACACACUCUUCCAGUACCUUUAUAGACGACUUGCUGCGUAUAGAAAUGCAGCAGAACUCCAUGCGUUGGCAGAAUAUCAAUUAUCCGCACUACCUGAAGAGAAUAAGCAGAAGAUAAAGGACGAUUUUAGCCAAACACUGAAUGAAUGGGCGCAGGAAUUGGUUGACAAGGCGUAUAUGGUCUGUGGACAGCCAGACGGAGAUGAAUGUCCUAAGCUGGAUGAAUUCGCAGAUACGUCUAUAGGGGAUUUACCUCAGAUCUCACCACAGCGGCUGGCAGCUGUACUGAAUGCAGUCCUCUUUCUGAGCAUAACAGCGACAAAGCAAUAUUCAGCAAGAACACGGUCGUUCUUAUUCAACGAUAUUCUUGAAGAUGCAGCUCCUGACGAGGAGUUAAUCGUCGCCACCUUGAAACACCCUGACCAAGCGCUUCAGGAAGCGCAGCAGAAAGCUGAAGCAAGCACCAAAGAUCAUGCUUCCAAAAGUAAAACAUUGCGCAUGGUGGGCAUAAGUCUAGGCGCUAUCGCAGGCGGUGUACUAGUCGGAGUAACGGGAGGGCUCGCAGCUCCUUUAAUUGGAGCAAGCAUCACGACCAUCCUCGGGUGGCUCGGUGUGGGCGGAACCGCAGCUGGCCUGUUAGCAAGCGGUCUCGCAGGAUCUUCUGCUAUUUGUGGAGCUUUAUUCGGCGUCUACGGUGCGAAAUCCACAGCGAACAUGGUCGAGAGACAUACACGGGAAAUACGAGACUUGGCUAUCCUUCCGGUAUCUUUAAAUACGAAUGGAGACGAAACGUUAGGAGUGCGCUUAUGCAUAAGUGGUUGGCUAUCUUCAGAAUCAGAUGUAACCGCACCAUGGACCGUGUUCGAGGGAGAUGACACUCUUGCUUUACGAUGGGAAGUCAACGCAUUGGAGGAGUUAUCAGAUGCGUUAUAUACAUUGGUCAGGACCAAUGCCAUGAAGUAUCUCAGGGCAGAAAUUAUCAGACACACAGUGUUCGCAACGCUGAUGGCCUCUCUCGGGCCCAUAGCUUUGCUGAAGAUUGGAGAAAUUAUUGAUAAUCCUUGGAUGAACACCAAGGCUCUAGCUUACAAGGCAGGGGCCGUGCUAGGUGAUCUAUUGUUGAAGCGGGUAUUUGGGAAUCGGCCCGUCACGCUCGUUGGAUACUCUUUUGGUUCGUUGGUAAUCCUCGAGGCGCUCAAGCACGUUGCGUCUUGGCCUCCUUCCGAUACGUCACACCUUAUACAAGACGUAUAUCUAUUCGGUACUCCUGCAUCGACCGACCCCGCGGUCUGGGCCAGCAUACGUCGGGUAGUCGCUGGUCGGUUUGUCAACGGCUAUGCUAGUCAGGAUUAUGUUUUGGCAGUCCUUUCCAGGGCGACGGAUGUAAGUUGGCAAGUGGCUGGUUUGCACCCUGUUGAUGUCCAGGGAAUUGAAAACGUUCAUUUCGAAGACAUCGAUGGGCAUACUAAGUGGAGAGGACAGAUUGGCGAAUGCUUAAAAAGAGUUGGGGCCCUUGGAAUCAAAGAUGAAGAAGUAGAUUCUCAGUUGAACGUGGCAACAGUGACGCUUGAGGAUGUAAAAAUGACUGAGGGAAUGACUGAAGAAGAAGCGCAAGAAGUUUCAGUAAAGGCAAUGUAG